ACAGAGGCUUGUGGUUGGUUUCUCUAUGGUUCCUCCCCCAACCGCCUUUCAGCCUGUAUUGGUCUGUGGCAAGUAGCCUAAACAGCGCCAUGUAUCGUUCUCUUAGAAACGUCCACCGAUUAAAUAGCAGCCUCUUGGGUUUGCAGAGGAACCUAUUCAGCAAACCCUGCCGCAAAUCAUUUGGCGUCACGCUGGUCUCGACGAGGAUGGCAAGCUCAGAGUCUUACAGAAUUGAAAGGGAUACUUUCGGUGAACUGAAAGUCCCGAAUGACAAGUACUAUGGAGCCCAGACGGUCAGGUCUACUAUGAACUUCAAGAUUGGCGGAGUAACUGAACGAAUGCCUAUCCAAGUCAUCAAGGCUUUUGGCAUUCUGAAGAGAGCGGCGGCUGAAGUAAACCAGGGCUAUGGUUUGGACACCAAGAUUGCUGAUGCCAUUGUCAAAGCAGCUGAUGAGGUCAUUGCUGGUAAACUGGAUGACCACUUCCCCCUGGUGGUCUGGCAGACAGGCUCAGGAACCCAGACGAACAUGAAUGUGAAUGAAGUGAUCAGCAACAGGGCUAUCGAGAUGUUGGGUGGUAAACUGGGGAGCAAGGAUCCUGUUCACCCCAAUGACCAUGUCAACAAAAGUCAGAGCUCCAAUGACACUUUCCCUACAGCUAUGCACAUUGCUGCUGCCAAAGAGGUUCACGAGGUGUUGUUGCCUGGACUGCAGACUCUCCAUGACGCACUGGACGGCAAGGCCAAAGAGUUCAAAGAUAUCAUUAAGAUUGGGCGCACCCACACACAGGAUGCUGUGCCCCUUUCACUAGGCCAGGAGUUUAGUGGCUAUGUGCAGCAGGUGAAAUACAGCAUGCUACGGAUCAAAUCUGCCAUGCCAAGAGUGUACGAGCUGGCAGCUGGAGGCACUGCUGUGGGUACUGGAUUGAACACUCGCGUUGGGUUUGCGGAAAAAGUAGCUGCCAGAGUGUCUGAGCUUACAGGUUUGCCGUUUGUGACCGCGCCAAAUAAGUUUGAAGCUCUUGCUGCCCAUGAUGCCCUGGUGGAGCUGAGUGGAGCGAUGAACACUGUGGCCUGCAGUCUAAUGAAGAUUGCCAAUGAUAUCCGUUUCCUUGGCUCUGGGCCUCGCUCGGGCUUAGGUGAACUCAUCCUGCCUGAAAAUGAACCAGGAAGCAGUAUUAUGCCAGGGAAAGUGAAUCCAACCCAGUGUGAAGCCAUUACUAUGGUAGCUGCUCAGGUGAUGGGAAAUAAUGUGGCUGUGACAGUGGGAGGCAGCAAUGGUCACUUUGAACUGAAUGUUUUCAAACCCAUGAUUAUUAAAAACGUACUAAACUCUGCAAAGCUGCUGGGAGAUGCUUCUGUCUCUUUCACCGAGAACUGUGUGGUUGGAAUCGAGGCAAACACAGAAAGAAUCAACAAACUAAUGAAUGAAUCCCUGAUGCUGGUAACCGCACUGAACCCACAUAUAGGAUACGACAAAGCUGCUAAGAUUGCAAAGACUGCUCACAAGGAUGGCUCAACACUAAAAGAAACUGCGAUCAAGCUUGGCUACCUUACAUCUGAACAGUUUGAUCAGUGGGUCAAACCCCAGGAUAUGCUGGGCCCUAAAUAAUACAAAAAAUCCACUCUGUACAAUAAAAAAAAAAUUGUUUUUCUUUUCAAAA